AUGGCCUCCUGUACGACAGGCUGCACCCCAGCGGUGCGCCUCUGUCAGAGACUGAACCGACUCAAGACGCUGGAUGACGACAUGAUGGCCACGUCGCUGAAACGCUGCCUCUCCACCCUGGACCUGACCCUGAUGGGAGUUGGCGGCAUGGUGGGCUCUGGGCUUUACGUCCUGACAGGAACAGUGGCUAAAGACAUGGUCGGGCCUGCUGUCAUCAUAUCCUUCCUGUUUGCAGGUUUUGCCUCCCUUCUGGCCGCCUUUUGUUACGCAGAGUUUGGAGCACGCAUCCCCAAAACAGGAUCUGCCUACAUGUUUACCUAUGUCUCUGUGGGAGAGGUCUGGGCCUUUCUCAUUGGUUGGAAUGUGAUUCUGGAGAACAUGAUUGGCGGCGCUGCUGUGGCACGUGCCUGGAGUGGCUAUCUGGACUCCAUUUUUAACCACGCCAUUCAGAACUUCACGGAGACGCACAUUAUGCAGUGGAACGUGCCCUUCCUCGCCCAUUACCCCGACAUCCUUGCAGCAGGGAUUCUAGUUGUAGCCUCAUUCUUCAUUUCCUUUGGCGUUCAAGUGUCCUCUUACCUCAACCAUAUCUUCUCCAUCAUCAGUAUGGGCGUCAUCGUUUUCAUCCUGGUCUUCGGAUUUAUGCUGGCGGAACCAGCCAACUGGAGCCAGAAAGAAGGGGGCUUUGCACCUUUUGGGCUGUCUGGAAUACUGGCAGGCUCGGCCACGUGCUUCUACGCAUUUGUGGGCUUUGAUGUAAUCGCGUCCUCAAGCGAGGAGGCAAAGAACCCGCAGAAAGCUGUUCCCAUUGCCACUGCGAUCUCCCUCGGACUGGCAGCCACGGCUUACAUCCUGGUCUCCACAGUGCUCACACUGAUAGUACCCUGGCAUACCCUGGACCCCAACUCAGCUCUGGCAGAUGCGUUCUUCCGGCGUGGGUACAGCUGGGCUGGAGUUAUUGUGGCAGUGGGUUCCAUCUGUGCCAUGAACACCGUGCUGCUCUGUAAUCUCUUCUCCCUCCCUCGGAUUGUGUACGCCAUGGCAGAGGAUGGCUUGUUCUUCUCCAUCUUCUCACGGGUCAAUCCCAUCACCAAAGUCCCUGUCAAUGCUAUAUUGGUGUUCGGGAUCCUCAUGGCCACCAUGGCUCUCAUCUUUGACCUGGAGGCCUUGGUUCAGUUCCUGUCCAUCGGCACCCUCCUGGCGUACACCUUUGUGGCAGCGAGCGUUAUCGUGCUGCGCUUCCAGCCUGAGAAAACCAGCUGCAAGGGAAGCACUUCCACGUCUCCCAACCCUAACGCUGAGGCUUCGCCCGCCCCCUCAGAGUCUCAGACCAUAAACGAGGACAGCGGGGAGCUGAAGCAGUACGAGUCCUUCUCCGACAAACUCCAGCUGGUGGAGAGGCAGAAGUCUAGAGAGCGGCGUGGCGUGGGGCAGCUGAAGGCCUGCUGGGAACCGUACCUGGGCAGGCUGCUGGGGGACUGCGAGCCGGGCGAGGUGGUGGCCUUCUGCGUGCUGACCCUCAUUGUGAGCUCAGUCUCCCUCUGUGCUGUGCUAGAAUUUGGAAACAAACAGCUGCAGCUGCCGGUCUGGAGCUUCACAAUGCUGCUGGUGAUUUUUAGCAUAGCUUUUGUUCUCAGCAUGGCGUUCAUUUGGAUUCACGAGCCACAAGCCAACAGCAAAACAUUCCAGGUACCUUUGGUUCCACUGACUCCAGGUGCCAGCAUCUUCAUUAAUGUAUUCCUCAUGAUGAAGCUCAGCUCUCUAACGUGGAUUCGAUUCACCGUAUGGAUCGCUAUAGGUCUCUUGGUGUAUUUUGGCUACGGGAUCUGGCACAGUAAGGAGGGCAUGCGGGAGCUGCAGCCCAAAGAUAUGGCCGCCCGGUACGUGGUGCUACCCAGCGGCAGCCUGGUAGAGACAGUGCAGUCCGUCCAGCCCGAUGGACAGGUGGACUCGGCGCACCAAAUCAGCGCCUCCACCGACUCGACAGCCGAGGAGUACGCAGGAAAGAGAUGAUGUGUGACCAAACAUACAGUAGUACUACUGCCUGGUAUUUUUUGUCGUCUCCCACUCAUACGCUCUACUAUUACCUGUGUACUCUCUGUAUCUCACUCCCUUUAACGUGUGACCGGCCUGCCACAGUCUGUACUCGUUGCUUUGCAAAUAUAAGCACACCACAGGGUGGGAUGCACGCUCUCUGUCUCGUUGUGAAGCACACUUGUAUAUCUUGAAUGUUUAGAAGAGAGCUUUACUGUCCUGCAUCAAAGUUGUGUUAAAUCCUUUAAGACCAGCUCUUUUCAUGCAACCUUGCCAGAACCCAUGUGGUUGUAGGUUCUUUUCGGUGCUUCUGUACCGUUAGUUAGAUACACUUGGAUGAUUUUUAUAUGUGUUAGGGCACAUCUGGAGCUUGAAAUUCAUCAUUUUUGAAGCUAUCAUGUUGUCCAUAGUAAACGUUCUGAAUGCACAGGCUUUUGUGAGUUUACAGUUUUGCCUUUUUCUCAAAUUCUUCUCCCCAAAGCCCCGGGGAGAAACUACAGACUCUAAUCAUUUGGAUCCUCUUAGUCCAUCUCCUCCUUUUGGUUCUCACAGACUGCCCUAAAUACGGUUAUUUAAUCUCAUACUCUAAAUGUGUAUUUAUUUUUCUAUUCUAUCUAUUUAUAGCUUUAUGAAGGUCUCAUUAGCUUCAUUUUUUUUGUUUUUUUUU